AUGGAAGCAGAAAUUCGCAGUACAAGCUCGAGUACAUCAUACCAACCAGUUUGGGAAAAUUGUCCACAUGCAACAAACUACAAUUCUAUUCGCCUUGUGGAUUAUUUAUAUGGUAGUGGAGAUGUGAAUUUGAAAGAUAGCACAGAACUCAAGUGUUUUCCUUUGACUCGAUGGCUUUCAAGUGAAUAUGAAUUGAAACAUAUCUGGAUUGGUUUGUUUAAAUUCGCCGAACAAUUGAGAACAAUCGAAGCUGAUAAUCAAAAAGAUGAAAUUGAACGAUUUGAAAUGUUACUCGAUUUUCUACAUUAUAUAUCCAGUAAAUGUUCUAGUAAACCAUUUUAUUUACAAAUGCUUAAAUCCAUAUUGAAAGCACCAACCGAAACACUAAGAUCCGUCUUAUAUCCUUCAUUCACUCGAUAUAAACAUAUUCAGGAAACUACAUUUCAAUCUGAUCGUAUCAAUCUAGGAAAUCUCGGUCGUUAUAAACGAAGCUUAGUAGUACGCAUUCUACCAACAAUUUUAAUAUCUGUAUUUCAACAAAUGUGGUUAAAUGAUACUGAAUCGAAUGUUUCAUCAUUAGGAAACGUAAUGAAUAGUUUAAAUCCAUCAUCAUUGUUCUUGACAUUGGAACAACGCAUAUUACUCGGUGGAAUCAUGGUUAAUUGGAUUGUAGAACAACAAAUUGAAAGAGCUUUACAUUUUGCUAAUCAGAGCAAAUGGGAAGAUUUUGAAAAAGAAAUAUCGAAUAUACCUCAUGCCAAUUGGACACCAUCAAUGCAUGUUCCAUGGUUAAUACUGGAACUUGAAAUGAAUAUUACGAUUCGAGAAAUGCAAAUCGAAGUAACACGUCAUAUGAUACAACCAAUGAUGAACAAAAACAAUCCUUCAAUAUCCAAUAUUGUUAUGCAAAUGAAUAUGGGUGAAGGCAAAACUUCGGUUAUUUUACCAAUGUUAGCACUUAGCUUAUGUUCUUCGUCUUCGAGUUUAGUUCGUAUCAUUGUAUUAAAAUCAUUAUUUCCAAUGAAUUACCAAUCACUACGUUAUAAAUUAGGUGGCUUACUAAAUCGACGUAUACUGCCAUUUGCUUGUCGUCGUGAUAUGAAUUUUAGUGAUAUACAAUUGAAUAAAAUUUUCAAUCGUCUUCAACAAGGAUUAAGUGAUUGUGAUGUCGUAUUAACUUCACCUGAGGAUAUUCUAUCAUUUGAUUUGCUUACAAUAGAUAAAUGUCGACGAAAGGAAUUUGAUGCUGGUCGUUCAAUGUUGUCCAUUCAACGUUGGAUGAAAUCAUUUGCUCGAGAUGUCUUAGAUGAAUCCGAUGAAAUCUUACAUGUUAAAUAUCAAUUGAUUUAUUCGAUUGGUCGUCAACAACAAAUCGAUGGAGGUUUGGAACGUUGGAAAACCAUUCAAUUGGUAUUAAGCUUAGUCAAACAACACACAACAAACAUCGCACAACAAUACCACGAUGACAUUUUUUAUAAAGCAUCAGAAAGUCGAAGUAGUUUUCCAGAAUUUCGUUUACUUAAUCAUCGACCAUUUCCAGAAUUAUGUCAAAGAAUUGCAAAUGCUUGGCUUAAUGAAAAAAAUUAUCGUCGAAUAGAUCAACAACAUAUAUUAUCAUUCAUUCUAGAUGCAAACUCAUCCGUCGAUUGUCUAAUAGAUCGAUUUCCCUAUAGCACAAUUCAAUUAUUUCUUAUUAUGCGUGGUCUUCUAUCAUCGGAAGUGCUAUUCGUUGCUUUAAAAAAGCGCUAUCGUGUUAAUUUCGGUGUGAAUCAAAAUCCGAAAUUCAAUCGUUUGAUAGCCGUACCGUUUCGUGCCAAAGAUGUUGCAGCUGAAAAUAUAGAAUUCAGACAUCCAGAUGUGGCUAUUGUCUUAACACAACUUUCCUAUUACUGUAAUGGUUUGAGUGAUUCACAAAUGCUUCAAUGUUUUGAUCGUUUGAGUCAAGAUGAAAGCGAUCCGAAAAUGAUCUAUGAAGAAUGGCUUUCACUAGAAGACGACAAUGAUAGAAUUUCAAGUAUAAAACAAUGGAAAACAGUCAAUCUAAAAGAUUAUCAACAACGAACUCAACAACUCUUUCCAACUCUACGAUAUAAUAUGUUAGUUAUUAAUUAUUUUCUCAAUCAUUUUAUCUUUCCUCAAGAAGCAAAACAAUUUCCACAUAAAUUAGUUUCUUCUGCCUGGGAUUUAUCGUCAUCUUCACGAACAAAAAUAAUUACUGGAUUCAGUGGUACAAAUGAUACUCAAUUAUUAUUGCCUGUUCAUAUUCGUCAAUGUGAUUUACCAGAACUUCAGAAAACUGAUGCCAUUGUUCUUAAUAAUUUACUUCAAUCGAACAAAGACCAUUAUCAAUACCUGCCUAUUAGUACGAGUUCGGAUGACAUCUUGAGUCAUAUUGUCAAAGACAAAUCAAUUAUACAAGUCAUUCUAGGUGUUGGUGCAUUGUUUAUUGACAAAACAAAUCGUCAAAUAGCUGUUAAAUGGUUGGACCUAUCAGAUAAAACCAAAAUUGAUUAUGCUGUUUAUUUUGAAUCAGAUUCAAUUUUUGUUUGUGAUUGA